AUGCCUCCAGCUAAAGACACUCGCGCAGUCAGACUCACAAUCACCGAAACGGACGAAAUCAACACGCCAUUUGCAACGUACGUUUACUCUGAAACCAACACGGCUGCCUCCAAAAAGGGUCGCGUGGAUAUUCUGCCCAAGUCAUUGGAAUCAUCAACGUCGUCGUCAUCUAAUCGUCAGCGAUCAACGUUGUUGGCGUCGUGGAUCGCAUCGCUGAAAGAUGUCUUUCUCCCUGUGGGGUAUCCACACAGCGUUAGCAAAGACUACUUGGAAUAUCAAAUAUACGACUCUGUCCAGGCCUUUUCAAGCUCCAUAGCCGGACUAUUAUCCUCAAGAGCCGUCCUACAGGGCGUCGGCGUCGGCGACGCAGCAGCCUCACCCACCUCUGCACUACUCCUCCAGAUUCUGCAAGACAUAUCCGGUCGCCUCGCCACAAUCGUAUUUGCGCACCGCGUCAGCACCGCGCUCGAGCCCGAGUGCAAAAUGUUCCGACUCGCCGCGGACGUGUUCAAUGAUGUAGCCAUGGUGCUAGACUGUGUCUCGCCGCUGGUAACCCCGCGGCCGGCGCGAGUAGCUGUCAUCAGCAGCGCCGGCGUGUUGAGGGCACUGUGCGGUGUGGCUGCGGGCAGUUCCAAGGCGAGUCUGAGUGCGCAUUUUGCGAAAUGGGGGAAUAUCGGCGAGUUGAAUGCUAAAGACUCGUCUCAGGAGACUAUCAUCUCUCUUCUCGGCAUGCUGGCCGGCUCUGUCAUUGUAUCCCAUGUAACAAGCCUGCCUGCAACAUGGAUAUGCCUUCUCAGCCUCCUCGCCAUCCACCUAGCAACCAACCAUCGCGCCGUACGCGCCGUACAGAUGACGAGUCUGAACCGACAGCGCGCAAACAUAGUCUUUUCAGCAAUCUUUGAGACGGACCUGCUUGAGCAAGACCACCCAGACAACACAGAAAUGGUGGUCACAGACGACGACGUCAAGUUCCUCCGCCCAGAUGAAGCCGCGCGUGUCGAGAAGGUGUUUGAAAGAGAUGGGGUUCUUCGCUGGGUUUCUUUUCUCUCUCCUUGUUCUUCUUCUUCUUCUUCUUCUUCUUCUUCUUCUUCCUCUGCCUCUUCAACUGAGAAACUAGGCUGGUGUCGAAUCGGAACCUCAAUGCAAGAGCUCAUCAUCCCUUCUUCGUCUUCAUCUUCUUCUUCUUCUUCUUCUUCUUCGUCCAUGUUGACCACCUCACUCCGGAAACUUUUCCACAUCUUCGCGUCUGAACAAUACAUCCUCGUCCCACACAGACCCAAUCACCACCUUCAGAAAGAAACAACAAUCACAAUCCUGCUCAAGCAAAACUGCACGCCGACUCAGCAACUCAAGGCAUGGGCGCAUGCAUUACUAGUAGCGAAACUGGCAGCAGCAGCAGCAGCAUCAUCAUCAUCAUCAUCAUCAUCAUCAUCAUCAAAACCCGUCCCAUCCACUAAAAAAAGUAUAAAUAUUCAUGACAACAGUGACGAUGACGAAAUCAUGGCAAUUCUCUCAGAUAGUCUAGACGAUUUCUCUACUCGGUUCGACAAUUUCUAUGUCGAAGAGUUGAAACUGGCUGGCUGGGAUCUGGAUACAGCCGCGUUGGAGACGAGGCCGGGACGAAGGAUUAAUAUUGCGGAUUCCUAA